ACAGACUGAAAGCAUUGGCAAGAGACAGUGGACCAGGGUCAGAAGAAGACUUUGCGGGGGGACUCGGGGCGCCAGAAGCACUACUGUAUCCUGAACAAGAUCCAAACUCUCCAGCUCCAGACGAGUGUUACCAGGUGCUCAUGCAACUCAUGGACAUGAAUCUCUCUGUUUUGACUGGCAAAGAUCCUUCUGCUUUUGAUGAAUCCAUCAGGACAACACUGAACGACCUCUCUGGAGACCAAAGUCAGCCAAUGUUGCUACUGGGAACACUGGGCGCUGCUGAUGAAGAAGCAGAUAAACUGAAUAUGAAGAGUUAUAGCUUGAAUGUAUGCAACAGUUUGAGUGGUUGGAUCCGUUUCUGGCCAUUUGAUGCUUGGACGAGCAUUAUUAAAUGCAUGAAUCAGUGGACCUGGGGCAGGAAUCAUAACUUCCUCCACAACGUGACAGGCGAAGCAGUACCCUCCACUCUACUGGAAACUGAGACGAGAGACUAUGAAGAUGCUGGACUGUUGCUGAACUCACCCUACUUCUCAGUGCUGAGAAAAGAGAGAGACAUCGACCUCAUAAUUUCACUGGAUUUCAGUGAGGGUGAUCCUUUCUUGACGGUGAAGGAAGCUGCCAAGACGUGCAAGGAACUAAAUAUCCCUUUCCCUGAGGUCAACAUUCCCAGUGGACACUCAGAGAUACCGAUGGACUUCUAUGUGUUCACAGGCCAAAACACUCCAACCGUGAUCCACAUCCCUCUCUUUAAUAUGGUCAACUGUGGAGAUAAAAUUGAGGCCUGGAGGAAAAAAUAUACAACUUUUCAAGGUCCUUACAGCGCUGAGAUGAUCACUGAUCUCGUGGAGGUUGCUGGAAAAAACAUCACAAACAACAAAGACGGUCUGCUGGAGCAGAUCCGUGCGGUCGUUGGGCAAAAAGGAUCCAGACGCUAA